CAAUAUAUAGUGAUAGAAAGAUCAUGGUUGCCAGGUUCCAGGUGGGGGAAGGAGAUUGUAAAGGGCCAUGAGAGAACUUUCUGGAGUGAUGGAAAUGUUUUAUGUCAUGAUUAUGGUGGUGAUUACAUGACUGUACAUACGUCAAGUCUCGUUGAACAAUUUGUGAGUUUUAUUGUAUACUAAUUAUACCUCAAUAAAGCUACUUUUAAAAAGUCAUUCGGGACAAGGAGAGAAAUCGCUGCCUGGGCCAUGUCGGCCAGAACAGUUGAGGCACUGAACACUGAUGAGGUGGCUCUAGAUGCAGCCAUAAUGGAAGGGGAGCAGGCGGAGGAAGAAGCGGGUGUGGUGGUGGCAGUGGUGAAAGAGGACUAGAGGUUCACUUCUGAGCAAGACGGAGGAGCUUACUCAGAGAGCCCUUGGAAGGAGCCACAAUCGGGCGCCUCUGGGAAGGGGAAAUGGGGAGGGGCGGCUGCCGCUCUUUGUUACAAGCCUCAGCCUCGGAACAAUCUGCCACUUUAAACCACAUGCCUGUAUAACUCCGACCAAAACGGAGACGCCUCCUGCUGGACUGCCUUCCCCUCAGAUGAGAACUUCAUGGCCAUCUGGGGGCACAGCCCUCAACUGCUCACCUGCCUUCUACCCCCCAGCUCCUCAGCCCAGGAGAGGGGUGCCCCCCAGCGCCUGCUGGGGACCCUGUCCCUCCCAGCCCACAGGGCUCCUAAUCCAUCAAGUACCAUUCUUCCUCCCUCCCGAAACUCGCAAACAGGCUCUAUCUAACUUUCAAAAUUACUAUUCACUUUAAUUUGGACCUCAGGUAAGUGGACACCCUGUCUUCCUGUCGUCAUUGGCCCAUGCAUGUCCCAGCACACACUCACACGCACGCACGUGGUUUUAUUAAAUUUAUUUUUCCCCUUUGGAUCCCAUCCUCUGACCCAAUGCUCUUCCACCCCAUGGGAGCCUCUAAGCAUUUGAUUCACAAAGGCCUCCCCUCCUCCUGCUCCUUACUCUCAUUCGGGUUGGUGGGAGCUCCUUCCUUCUGCCGCUGCUGCGCGGGCUCCCCCACCUGCAUUGCAUCCCAUCCUCAGGGACACCCAGUUGGGGCGCCUCUCUGCCUCCCAGGGCGUGGCCUCUCAGCAGCUUUACUGGCGUCCUUCCUUCCUUUGGGGCAUCUGUCUCUCCUCACAGCCUGUGAGCCCAUGCUUUCCUGAUUCUUCUCCCAGCUUUUUAAUCAGUCCUCUCCGGGUCCUUGGCUGGCUCCUCUUUCUCUUUCAUCGCUGAAAUGUCCUUCAAGGGUCUAUCCAGAGUCCAUGAAAUGCCUUUUCUCUCCACCCCCACUGCCUGGUGGCAUUAAUUAGGUCCCGCCUUUUCUCUUCUGAGUGAUGGCAACAGCCUCUUCUAGCCUCCCUGCCCCCACUCCUCUUGGCAAAGGACUGUGUGCUCCUCAGGGCAGUGCCCAGGUCCUUCCACCUCCACACCCACAGCGCAGCACCAGCAGCACUUGCUGUUUGUGAGCAAAGGGUUCUGUUUGCCGGGAGCCGUUGAUAGAGCAGGACAGGGCGAUCUGGAGUCCUGCCAGCUCUGAUCCCCUGCCCAGGUGGCUGGCACCUGGGAUGGUCUGUGCCCUCCACAUCCUGGGGCCUCCUGUCCUCUUCUGCUUGGACCCUGGGCUGGGGGAGACACAGACCCACACCUUGGCAACCCACAGAACCCUUUCUGCAAAUGUAAUCUUAGAGGGAGCUCGGUGGGGGGCGCAGACGGGGCUGCGCUGAGGGGAUGGGAGAUGCGGAGAGUGUCUGCUCAGUCCCAGCCCCGGGCCUGAGGCCCACUGAGGCUAACUCGCCAGCCCCAUGGCCAACCCCUUCUCCAGCCUUCCAGAACCAGCUUCCCAGUGCUCCCUGUGAUGAGCAUGGGCCCUAUUCGGCCACCUCCUCAAACACUUCUCAGGGAUCCUUUCUUCUCUCGCCUCUCCAGGGCCCCUCACCCAUCUGCCUGUCUCAGGGAGGCAGGCCCAGGGCCAUCUGUGCAGCCCAAGGAGGGAGGGCAGCGCACCCCCUCUAGGUAGGUGCUCGGCUCUUAGUUCAUACUGCCGAGGGCAGGGGCUUCUGGGCAGCCCAGUGCUAUCUCUGCCAGCUUACAUGGCCCUGACGGUGAAGAAGCCAGUCGGCCUUUCUUCUCAUGAACUGCUUCCCAGCCCCAUCUUUCUAGGCCCCUGUCGGGUGACUGGGGCAGAGGCCUGCCCAGAGCCUCCGGCCUCUGAUCAGCAACUUGCUGCAGGCAGUGGGAUUGGCCCGGCCUGGCCCGGCCUCUGCCCUGGCAUGGCACCCAUGCAGCACCUGCACACGCACCACCGGCUCCCUGCUGAGGAGCCAGAGGCUCCCUGGCAGUCCUCUUCCCCGGCAGCUCUCUGCUCCUCCGGAGGCCCCCAGCACACGUUCCCGCUGAGCAGGGGAGCUGCAUGCACGACUUCCCCUUACGUCCUGGCUUUGGUGUGGACACAAAGCCCUCCCCUUGCUUCUUAGAGCCCAGAGAAAACUGCAGAGGGGAGGCCUUCUCCAAGGCUUUUCCCUGGGCUCAACAACAGGAAACCAGGAAUGCAGGGAGCAGAGAGGCGGCUGUGGGCCUGGCCUCAUGACUCAGGGGCCCCAACCUGUGCCAGCACUCCGCGGGGAUCCAGCCCUGCACGGCCUCAUUUAGGUCUGGGCAGAGAAACCCAUAAGGAGAUGAUUGCCCGUUUACCGCACAAGGCUGGCCUCACUUCCUCAGCCAGUCCCAGGAGCUCCUAUAGCAAGUGAUUUCUGUGCUGCUCGGUUAAUAACGGUAGUGUGGCUACAGGGCAGAAAGUGAGGAGCUUCUUGUCCUUAGGGGGUGCAGUGGAAGUGUUCGGACCUGUGAUGGCAGCAUUCUGCAACCUAUUUCCUAAUGGUUCUGCAAAAAACAAUAAAUAUGCAUGUGCAGUGUGGUGGGGUAUGGGGUGUGUGUGUGAGCCGUGUGCAUGUGUGUACUGGGUGUUGUGUGUGUGCUCUAUGUGCGGCACAUGUGGGUGUAGUAUGUGUGCUGUGUGUGUGGUAUGUAGGGGUGUAAGACACUCACCCCCAUGUCCCCUGCUGCCCUGUCAGUGGCUGAGAGGGGCUGAGGCGCCACCAGGUUCUCCGGCCAGAAAGAGGAGGCCGAGGCCUUGGCCUUGGCUGUACUUGGGCCUGGUCAGUGCAGGUCACCACAGAAGACAGAAAAACAGAAGAAAAAGGCCAAUCCUGGCCUAGAGCCUGGCCCCAGGCAGUGUGCAGGCUUCUGCCUUGGGCUGGGCCAGGCCAGCCCCUGUGGCAGAGCAGGGAAGAGGUGGAGAAAGGGCUCAGGGAUGGGAGGAAGGAUGGGCUCGAGGGAGGAGGGGUCCUGGAGCCUGAGAGGGAAGAGGAGAGAGGAUUCGGCCCUGCAGCCCAGCCAGGGAGCUCCUCUCUCAGGGCCUCCACACAGUGUUCAGGAUGUGAGUGUGUAUCUGUCUGUGUCGAGUGUGUGUGCCUUUGUGGGCAUGUGGCUGUUUCACGUAAAUGAAGGUGUCUGUGUGUGUGUGUAUAAGAGAGAGAGAGCGCGAGAGCUGGAAUGUGCCAUCUCUGCCAGCCCACAUGCCCCCUCCUCCUAGGACAGGUAGCUGCAGGUGGGGGAGGAGGAAGAGGGUCGUGAUCUCCCUGGCUCCCACAGGGCCUUAGGGAGGAAGCUGCAUCUCACAGGACACCUUAAGCCUGGCUUGACCCCGCCCCACCCCCUCCCUUCUGUCCCUCAUCUCCAUGAGGCCCAAAUUGAGGAGGGGGAGGGGCCUUCAUAGGCCUGGGAGAGGCCAUCCCUCUCUGCGGUGGGGACUCUGUGAGCUCUCCCUGCUUCCCUCGCCUAGGCCCAAAGAGGGACAGAAGGAGCCCGACUUGGGAAAGAGAAGUCAAGCUUUGCCACGAAAAAGCUGUGUGAUCCUGAGGCAGUCCCACUCCUCUCUGGCCUCAGCUUCCUCAUUAAUAAAACGGACACUUGAACUAAGUGGUCUCCCAGAGCCCGGCCAGAGCCGACCUUCUAGCAAGGUGGGCCUUCUGCGGGGAGUGGGGGAAGGAUAGCCGGUGUGGUGGGCACAGCUGGGCCAGCCGAGGAGGGCUCAAGGUGCUCAAGAGUGGGGGGAAAGGAGUCCUGGGGACUGACCUGGGGGGGCCGCGGCCAGGUAAGGAAGCAGAGGAGGCCAGGAGCUUAUUUUCCGGUGCCCCAAGCAGGAGGCCCUGGGAGGCGUGGGGGGAGGGGUGGGGGAGGAAGUCCCCUCCUGGGUAGGUCCCUCCCAGAGGCUGGGUUGGGGCGGGGCGGGCGGUGGAGAGCAGAUCUGAGCUCCUGGGCCACCUUCUCACACAGCUGCCCGCCCAGGAUCCCGGGAGCCUGGCCAGGCACUCAGGACACCUGCCCCGGCCUCAUCAUGCUCAGAACGCGCACCACCUCCGCUGUGCUCCAGCCCCCCUCUCGACCCACCCCACCUGGCAACAGCAGCGAGGAGGAGGCACUGGACACCCGGGAUCCGCUGCUAGCCCAGGCAGAGCUGGCCCUGCUCUCCACGGUCUUUGUGGCUGUGGCCCUGAGCAAUGGCUUGGUGCUGGGAGCUCUAGUGCGGCGGGGCCGGCGGGGCCACUGGGCACCCAUGCACGUCUUCAUCGUCCACUUAUGCUUGGCUGACCUGGCCGUGGCUCUGUUCCAAGUGCUGCCCCAGCUGGCCUGGGAUGCCACCGAUCGCUUCCGUGGGCCUGAUGCCCUGUGCCGGGCAGUCAAGUACCUGCAGAUGGUGGGCAUGUAUGCCUCCUCCUACAUGAUCCUGGCCAUGACGCUGGACCGUCACCGCGCCAUCUGCCACCCCAUGCUGGCAUACCGCCACGGAGGUGGAGCUCGCUGGAACCGGCCUGUACUGGUGGCCUGGGCCUUCUCGCUUCUUCUCAGCCUGCCCCAGCUCUUCAUCUUCGCCCAGCGUGACGUGGGAGACGGCAGCGGGGUCUUCGACUGUUGGGCCCACUUUGCCGAGCCCUGGGGCCUCCGUGCCUAUGUCACUUGGAUCGCCCUAAUGGUGUUUGUGGCACCAGCCCUGGGCAUCACCGCCUGCCAGGUGCUCAUCUUCCGGGAGAUUCAUGCGAGCCUGGUGCCAGGGCCGGCAGAGAGGGCUGGGGGGCACCGCGGAGGGCACCGGAGAGGCAGUCCCAGAGAGGGAGCCCGGGUGUCAGCAGCCGUGGCCAAGACCGUGAGGAUGACGCUGGUGAUUGUGAUUGUCUAUGUGCUGUGCUGGGCGCCCUUCUUCCUCGUGCAGCUGUGGGCAGCGUGGGACCCAGAGGCACCUCGGGAAGGGCCCCCUUUCGUGCUGCUCAUGUUGCUAGCCAGCCUCAACAGCUGCACCAACCCCUGGAUCUACGCCUCCUUCAGUAGCAGCGUCUCCUCAGAGCUGCGCAGCCUGCUCUGCUGGGCCCGGAGGCGUGCCCCACCCAGCCCAGGGCCCCAAGAUGAGUCCUGUGCCACUGCCAGCUCCUUCCUGGCCAAGGACACUUCCUCCUGAGAAGCCAGGGGGCGCCUUCCUUCCAGAGGCUCUACCAAGUUCAGCUGCCUGCCUGAGGCUGGCCCUAGGGGCUACUGGGAGGGGGGCCGAUUGGGAAUUGGCUCCGGGAUUGUGAGGGGCCCCAGAGGUCAGCUCCUUGGUGCCAGGUGUGGGGAGGGGCUGCAGAGUCUGAGGGUGGCACGUAGCUUCCACCCCAGCCAGUGCCUGCCCAAGAGGUCCAGGGUGGGGGUGGGGGGCGCCAGGAGGAAGGAAAGGGGCGGGGCCAGGGGACCUUCCUUUCUCUGCCUCUAGUCCCCCUCUGCCCUCCCUUCUCACUCUCUCCCUGAUAAAAGUUGUAGCUCAUUUUCUA